CUCCCAAUUCUGACUCUGCGUCACUGGAUAAUUAAACUGUCAGACACAAACUCUGAGCUCUAAUACUAAGAAUAGUGGAGACACCGAGCAGAAGCGCAGGGUAAAUGGAAAUCGGAUCUGAUUCUCGGGUUCAUCUGGAGAGAAAAGACCGAAAGUAAAGCGACAUCAGGACGCGGAACCCCGGAGGCUCAGGAGCAGAAUAUCGGAGAUGGAUGGACCCACUGUAACAGGUGUGAAUGUUUUAGAAUCAGAUAAUUCGCUCCAUGAGAAGGAUAAAGGGCCAGUGAUUGGUGGUUUGCGUCUUCGGUCUGCUCCUGGAGCUUGUGUGCUUUUUGCUGGUGUGUUGCUACUUGUAGGCAUUGGAGUGGCCAUAGGUGGAUACUGGCCUCAUCGUAAUCGGAGACAAGUGCUGAAUCAUGCAUCCUCUGGCCGAACUCCGACAGAAAAACUGAAACUGGUUGGCCCCAUUAUUAUGGGAGUGGGCCUUUUCAUCUUCAUUUGUGCAAACACACUUCUCUACGAGAAUCGAGACCACAGGCUGAAGCAAGCCAGCCAAAAAAAUGAUUCGCUAGAGGGACGGCGAAAUUCAAAAAGCUGCUCACAACCUGAAACAAACACCAGCACACACACUCUGGCCUUGUCAGAACUCAACAUUCACUGCCUGCAAGGAGGAUUUGCUGUUCCAGACCUUAACCGUUCUUCCUCUUCCUCUGCGUCUUUAAACUCCAGUCAGGUGAACUUUGGCCUUGCAGAUAGCAGGGAUGCUGUUAUGUUGAUUACUCCAGUCUUCAAGCUGAACAACUGCCUUAUAAAGUGCCUAGACACGCCACCCCUUCUACAGCAAGUACUGGACCAUGGUGAGAAGGGCCAGUGUAAAAGGGCGGGGCCAGUAAUAACAGAGCAUUUAGCUCUAACAAGAGAGACCAGGGCAGAAAUGAAUAAGGGACAGAGUGGACCAAUAAAAUAUACACAGACUGUGGAUAAGUAGCCACAAAGUCACCCUAUGAUUCCUGCUGCUAUCAAAUUGAAACUAGAAAAAAUGGCCCUAAAGCAGCCUGGAGUUUUUUGGUUUGUGUGUCUGGGAAAAAGCCUGUAACAACAUUGUUUCUCAGUCCCUUUGAAGACUCCUUUUUAAAUAAGUUUAUAUAUAGAACACUUCAGUUCUCUGUCUAGUGAAACUAUAAAAGGUGCAACAUCAGCGUCAAACUGAGUGUCUCACUGUCAGAUUCCAUUUUCAGAAAUCCAUUGAGGAGCUAAGAACCGUUAACUAUCCAAUCAAAUGACUCUUUUAUCUGCAUGCAUAAAGUGUUUAGAAAAUAGAUAUAGAACCGUAAGUGGUUCUUUGUUUGUUGCUCUGGGAGAAUCUUUAAAGAUUCGGCGUAAAAGCCGAGAAAAACAUAUACUUCCUCAAACCCUGAACGAUCCAAAGAACAUGUGAGGAAAUGGAUUUCUCUAAGAAAAUAUAAUACAAAAAUAUAUUACUCUUAGAAAAUUAUGUUAAAUCUAGAACCCUUAAGGGUUCUCUUCUUGGCUGUAACCCCACAAAUGAACCAGACGUUAGAAUAAGACUUGAGUUUUCCCAAGGGUUUAUGGUUUAUAUGCACAUUAUUUUUAAUGUUGAAUGUAAUGUAAUGUUUUUAAAUCUUAAUGUCAUAUUAAUGAUAAUUCCACCUACAUUUCAAUGCUUUCCAAGCACCAAGCAACAUUACAGCUGACAUUUUCCAGAUUAUAUGUAAAAUGUGUCCCUUAAAUGAGGGUCUCUAAAGAGAUAUAAAUAAAUCCAGGUCCAUGACACUAUCUACGUUGUGAAACCCUUUAUUGUUGUAGCUGGACUCUGGGACCCUUCAUUCCCGAGCACUCAGUUUGGCCUGAUCUUGGUAGUGUUCGAGUUGUGCCAUAAUUUGUUUCCCAAUUUUUUGCAAUGGAUUUCACAGUGCUCUCAAGAAGUUUUAAAGUAUUGCAGAUGUUUAUGAUAUAUUAUAAUUUUUUAUAAUUUUUUUUUAACCAUCUUUUUUUCCUUAUUAAAGCUUCUCAUAGACAGAUAUUUAUUGUGCAAGUAAAAAACUGGACACAAAAUGUUUGGUGUCUUUGGAAGAGAGACCCUUUAAAAUAAUUCUAUUCUAAUAUACUUCAAUUUUUGCAUUACAGCAAAAAGAGAAAUAGAAAUUAUCAUGGGUGGGUGAAUACUUUUAAAGUUAAUGACUUAAGUAAAAAAAUGAUGUUAAUAUUUAGUAAAGGAGAAUGCUUUCUACAUUCACAUAUUUAGCAGUGUAUGUAAUAGCACUUAAUCCAGCACAACCUAUUUUGGAGGUACAACAGCUAAAAAAAAUUCAAGCUUAGACAAGUGUGGUCUUUUUUAAUAGUGGUCAAAUAAUGUUUUAUUUUAUCCAUAAUAUAUGUGUGUGAUUUAGGCUAUUUGAUCACACAAUUAAUUCACUGUUUUGUCUGAUUAACCUAAUGAUGUUCUUCCACA